AUGAUGGUGAAAGAAAUAGAGUUAAUUGAGGAAUUUCGGGACAUGAAUUUGGCCAAGGAGGUGAGGCCGGGGAGUUUGUAUCUCGAAGCGGCGACGAUUCACAAUGACUUUUUGGUGAAAUGCUCAGCAGGAAGAUGCCUUCUUGCAAGACAUGAUGAGACAGAAGGGCUGCCUAAGACUAGAAACAACCAUGAUGCCAUCUGGGUGAUAAUAGAUCGAUUGACUAAGGCUGCACACUUUCUCCUGAUCAACACAAAGUAUAAAUUAGAAAGACUUGCAGAGUUAUAUGUGCAGGAGAUAGUCAGGCUGCAUGGAGUACCAACUAGUGUGGUGUCAGAUAGAGAUCUGAGAGGUGCAGGACCCCGUUGUGUUGGUAUGAAACGGAGAGGCGACUCUGUGUGCGCCGAAUAUGAUCCAAAGGUCUCGCCUGUGACCGGAGUUGGGAGGGCUCUAAAAUCUCGGAAGCUGUCUCCUAAAUUUAUUGGGCCAUUUGAAAUGCUAAGUAGAAUUAGUCCUACUGCAUACCAGAUUGUGUUGCCUCCGAAUCUCUCAAACCUACAUCUAGUGUUCCAUGUGUCACAGCUUAGGCAAUAUGUGUCAGAUCCUUCCCAUAUGAUAGAUCUUGACCUGCUGAGGGGCAAGGACAUCUCACUGGUGAAGGUAAUAUGGAGCUCAAGUGAUGAGGGAGAUGUCACAUGGGAAACAGAGAGUAGAAUGAGAAUUGUAUCCGGGAUUGUUGGUUGA